UUACUCCCAUAUUAGAUAAUGACAUAAGAUCUUCAAAUUCUUCACAUGCAAGUAGUUCACAUUUGGAACCCGAAAAACUUUCACGAAUUCCAUCAAAUACUAGUACAGUUACAACAAAUCCUGAAACAUCAGAAUCUACUGAUGAAAAUGAAAUAAAUGAAUCAGAAUUAAGAAGACGAAGAAUAAAUAUUGAAACUACUGAUGGGAUAUCAACAACUCCGAAUUUUAUUAAUACCACCGUUGAAUCUGAUUUUGUUGUUGAACAGAAUGGUUCACUUCAUGAAAACUCAAGAGCUGUAAUUCGUUUAACUCCAUCAUCAACUUUGAUAUCACGGCUGUCAUAUAUCAUUGUGGCCAUGUAUUCUUAUAUAUUUGAAGAUAUUAGCUGGUGGAAUCUGUUAAAACUUAUUAUUGUGGUUUUAAAGGUCAUUACUUUAUCGUUAUCAUCAUCAUAUUUAUUUAAUGUUAUAACAUGUUUAACUCCUUGUUCACCUUAUUUACCUUCUCCAUGGGUGCUUUAUCCUAUCCUUAUUUUUGCAAUACUUGACCUUUUAUC